AUGGCGCUGUCUGCCUUCCGAAGGUCCUUGCCACGAUCUUUGUCUCGUGGCUUUGCAGCUGCAGCCAAGCCGCAGACCUUCGCCAUCUAUCGUUAUGACCCGGACACGCAAGCAAAGCCCUUCCUGCAGGACUACACCAUUGACCUGAAAGAGUGCGGACCCAUGAUCUUGGAUGCCCUGAUCAAGAUUAAGGAUGAGGUGGAUGCCACGCUGACCUUUCGCAGGUCAUGCCGAGAGGGAAUCUGCGGCUCCUGUGCAAUGAACAUCAACGGCAAGAACGGCCUUGCGUGCUUGCUGUACAUUGAGGAGAGCAGCAAGCCGAUCGAAAUUCAGCCACUUCCUCACACCUAUGUGGUGAAGGAUCUUGUGCCUGACCUCACCAACUUCUACAACCAGUACAAGUCCAUUGAGCCGUGGUUGAAGCGCAAGGACACCAAGGCCAAGGAUGACAAGGAAUACUUCCAAAGCCGCGAGGAUCGUGCCAAGCUGGAUGGAAUGUACGAGUGCAUCCUUUGCGCUUGCUGCAUGACCUCUUGCCCAUCCUAUUGGUGGAACCCAGAGUACUACUUGGGACCUGCGGUGUUGAUGCAGGCAUACCGGUGGAUUGCAGACUCCAGGGAUCAAUUCACUGAGGAACGAUUGGCAUGGGUGAACGACACCAUGAAGCUGUACCGCUGCCAUGGCAUCAUGAACUGCACGAACUGCUGCCCCAAGGGUUUGGAUCCCGCCAAGGCGAUUGUCCACCUCAAGGAGCAGGUCGCUGACACCUACAAGGAUGGUUGGAAGUCAAUGAUGACUGGAGAGAUUGUCAAGAACAAGGGCCGCGAGUCCGGCAUGAUGUACAUGUGA